AUGGCGCGUACAAAGGAAGCCUGUAUGCUGAUUUUGGACGUUGGAAAGGACACCUUGGUCAAAAGUGGCAAGAAUGAUCUGACGUUCUUCGAAAGGGCCAAAGGAUGUGUUACAAAAAUCGUCCAACGGAAGAUUUUCAGCAAGCCACACGACGAAGUAGGGUUGGUGCUGAUGGGUACGGAUGAUACGAGCAACCAGCUGAAUGUCGAAUGCGGCGGGUACGAGCACAUUGCCGAGGCGUUCGAGCUGGGACCUUCAAACUGGAAGAUGCUACGGAUUUUGGAGAGCCGCAUCCAACCGUCAAAAGUGAACGCCAACUGGUUCGACGCCCUGCUGGUGGCGACAAACUUUUUGAAGGUUGGCGCUCAGGCCAAGAAAUUCGCCACCCUCAAGAUCAUUCUGAUAUCGAAGCUUUCCGGCGUGGUUGAACUGGAAGCCGGUGAGCUUGAUUCGUUUGUUGAUAAACUUACCAACAUGCCCUGCGAGCUGAACAUAAUCAACGACAAUGUCGAACACCAGUGGACGGACGAGCAGGAGGAGGAUGGUGUAGGGUUCGACGCGCUUGGAAUAUUUAGCCAGCGCGGAAAUAGAAGUAAGGAACAACGUAAAAAUGAGAAAUUACUGGCGGAUAUCGUGUUCAAGUCGAACGGCGCUCUCUGCAACAUUGACUCGGCGGAACUGCUGCUGGUCCACUUCGAGCGAAAGGUAACUCGAUCAAUGCCGUGGAACUGUAUGCUGACUAUCGGGUCCAAGCUGCAAAUCAGCACUUCAACGUAUGUACUGAUAUCUGAAGAGAAAGGGCUGAGCUCGUUCAAGACUGAAUGUGUCGAUCCGAACGCGGUCGUCAAGUUGAAAACGGACCACUUCAAAAACGACAAGCUGUACGAGCCCGACUUCGAAAACCUCAUCAAGGGCUACAUGUACGGUAGUACCGUAGUUCCGUACGACAGCCAGAUGGACUUUGAUUACAAAUCCGGCGAGCAGUGUCUUUCCUGUUUGGGAUUCACGGCGGCUGGUAACAUACUCGAGGAAUAUCUGUGCGGCACCGGCACGCACGUGGUCGUGGCCAAGAAGGAUUGUGCUGCGUCCGAAGCGAAGCUAACUGCGUUGAUCAAGGCCAUGCUCGAGUUGGAUGUGGUGAUGAUCGCUACCAAAGUAUACCGACGGGAUACCAAGCCAAAGAUUCAAGCACUUUUUCCCACAUUCCGCAGACGGUUUCCCUGCCUGACGAUGUUGGAGCUGGUUUUUCAAGAGGAAGUGGCCCUGCUAAAGUUCCCACCUUUGUUGUCCAACAGACACAAGCCAACCGACGCGCAGUACGAAGCCGUUGAUAAGUUGAUCGAUGCCAUGGACCUGAUGGACGGUCUGGACGACGAAACGGGUUCGAAGGAGGCGUUCGCCCUCCACAAAACCCUCAAUCCAAUCCAUCAGCACAUGUACCGUACGGUGGCCCACCGUGCAAUCCACCCGAAAGCACCACUUCCGGCGAUGGACGAAGAGCUGCGACAGCUGGUUGACGUCCCAUCCAAGAUACGAGAGCGAUCCAAGGAAGCCCUAGAGGACAUCAAGAACUUGUUCCCGCUAAAGGAAUUAAAGGUGAACGCUCGGCUCAAGUGGCUUCAAAAAACGGCCAAGAUCAACGUUCAACCGGAUGGCGAUGCGGCGGGCAGUAGCUCACAACCGAACGAUGGCUCCGCCGACGAAGAGCUGGACGAUCACAGGACCGUGGUUGAGGUGGGCACCGUUACCCCCGCGGAAGACUUUGCCCUACUGCUGAAGCGCGGUGAAAAGUUCGCCACCGUCUGCACCCAAAUACAGAACGUCAUCUCUGACUUGGUGUUCAAGUCCAUGACCACGCAGUACGAAAAAGUCGCCAUGGCCAUCAUGAUAUUCCGCGAGGAAGCGAAGCUGCUCGGUCCGUACCGGUUCAACGAGUGGAUCGGCGAGUUCAAGAAGAGCCUGCUGUCGCGCAAUAAGCAGGAGUUUUGGCAGCGAGUUGUCGUGCAGGAACGGUUCGGCCUCAUCGGUGCGGAGGAAAGCGAAAUGAGCACGAUAACGGCGAACGAGGUGGAGGAGUUUUACGACGUUGGCGUCACGAGUAAGGUCGGGGCUGCGGAAGAUAACGCCGAUUACGUGGAUGCGGACGACCUGUUUGCCAACAUGUAACCGACAGCGAUAAAAAGGGGUUGGUCUGUUCUACUAGCUGUUGAUGGGUAUCGUUUCGAUUCACUGAAAAGAAGCACUCUGCUACCAACAACGGCUGUUUACUUUUUGCAGUUUGAAUGGUGUGUAUUUUAAGAGAUAAUGCACAUGAGUUAAAUGGAAUUCAGCGCGUUGUACGCUUGUUUCCACUUUUUGUUAUCAGUAUUCAAAGCACAGAGUUGAAAGCUUUCGGAUGUAUUCAGCUUAUUGAAAUAAAGACUUCUUAAAGUAAAAA